AUGCCCUUCUACAGCAAGAUGGCCCCCAUUGUCUUUGCUGUCCGCUCCGCGGUAUUGCAUGCUGCGCCUUCUCGUAACAGACGAGCCUCAUCUGCGGCCAAUGAUCCCUCGGUUCUGAUUGGCAUCACUGUCUCAAUUGUUUGCGUCGUUGUCGCUAUCGGGACAUUUUGUUGGCUCUUAAGGAGGCGGAGAAGGGCAAGGAAAGACCCGCAAUUGGAGAAGCCCCCAAAGAUUGACACGACAUAUGCUGGAACCGAAGUCAAAUACUGGAAAUUAGCUGGUUUACCUGAGUUACCUGGCGAAUCGGCUAUCAGAACGGAAGCCCCAGGCGUGGUACUACCUAGAUACUCCGAGUCGUCACAUCCGACCUCAUAUAGAGCGACGAAGACAACUACAGCAAGAUCCGACUCUUCUAAAGAGAAAGAGUGCAGCAAGCUAGAGCAAGUAUCGUGUUACAACAAAAGGUCUCUGUUAGAAGUGCCCUUGACCCCUAUAGCCGAAUUGUGGACUCCCCCUACCAUAGCAAUCAGUGACAACCAAGAGACGAUACCGGUUCCAAACCUCAGAACAGCUUUUGUUAGCCCUUUUGCAGUCGAAAACCACCCAAAUCCCGUGUAUUAUUCGCCCCUUGCCGGUCCAUCGAAGAUACUAGACGUGGCCCCGCCUGUACAAACACCUUUCCUGGACUUAGACCUGGACUUGGACUUGCAGCAAUUAGACGACUAUAUUCCAUUUAGCCUCGAGCUGGACUCACCAGAGAUGGAAACAUUUCCCAGAACGACAUGCUCGAUCACCGAUGAUCUCCAUCAGCGAGAACAAACAUCGAGUAGCAACGGAGUGUUUGCUGAUAUCGAACAAGGUAAAGCAUCAUGGCCAUUGAGCGAUGACCUUGCGCAGGAUCAUGCAUAUCCAGAGGAGCAGAUGCAAAUCGACCAUUCAGAAAGCUCCCCCGAGCAUCGUCAAAUGGCAGUAGAUGUGGUGACCAGUAUCUCACCAACUACCCGACCAGUAGGUCAAAGUCGUGCUUUUACUCCUGCAUCUGCUCCCAACUUGACUCCCCGUAAGAGAGUAGCAGGCUUCGAUCUACGCCCCUUGGAAACCGACAACGCAAAGACCAGACCGUUCAACAACCAAAACGGCAUCAACAAUGAUGGCUCAAAGCAGAGACGUCCCAACCAACGCACGUUGAUGCCUAAAUCAUCGUCUCCACGUAAUGUGAAGGCCACAGCAAGCCUACAGUCCAGCAAAUCUACGCCUGAUUCUGCAAGGACAGACUCGAGUUUCGCAUCCACAGCUACACAUGCUGCAUCACCAGGAUCAGCCAUUACAACACCUUCCAUCGGAACGGAAUCACCCGCCAACUCAUUUAGUCCCUCGGAUAGCAACCUAACAUGCCGAGACUGUGGAAAAACGUUCCAGACUCUAGGCUAG